AUGGUUUCAGGUGCAGCAGGUCUCAAGGCAGCGGCAGCCAUCGCCGUUUUCGCCGUGCUGGUCAUGUCCUCGCAGGGGCAUCCGAGUAAGAAGCCACUAUGCAGCGACUGUCCAUCGCUGUGCAAUGCCAACUGCACUGCCGAAAUUGCCGAAAAAUGCCGCAACGAGUGCAGCUACCAGUCCUCCUGCGACCAAUGCAAGUCCCAGGUCCUCCAGGCGUGCUGCCAGAGCUUCUGCAGCAGUAACAACGGCACGAGCAGCUUCUCCUGCUGCCCUAACGGCUGCGCCAGCGACUGCGUGACCUGCAGCUGUGGCAACUGCGAAAACGCCUACAUAAACAGUUGCACUUCCCCCUGCAGCGACCGAUAUUGCCGAGCUUGCGAGUUCGGGAUUGGCCAACAGUGCAGAGAAUCUUGCAUGAGCGCCUGCAACGAUAACUGCGUGAAGAAAAAUUGUUGA